AAACGACCAUGCGCCCGCUUUUGUUUACAUGCUGCCUACGAGGCGGAAUCCAGCCUGCAGUUGCAGUGACCGCGUCCCCAAUGUGUACCUUACAUGCGAAACAGCGUGUUGCGUUGGUAAUGGUAUAGUAAAGUGAGUUCCUGUCAGAAGGCUCUCCUCACGAGCCUCGCACUUUCGCUCCCAACAAGGAGGAAAAUCCGGUUACAUAAAAGUCAUGCCCGUUGACAGAAUUUUCCUCAGUCCGAGCAGAGAACUUGACCCGAGUCGUGUCGCGUCAGCGGAAGUAAAAGCCAAUCAUCGCAGCAAGGGCAAACCCGGAUCGACCGAGCCGCGGGAUGGGCGCGUUUUUCUUUGCGUUGGAUGAAGUGAAAAACUGGGAUUUCUAGGUGAAAUUUGGUGUGAAAUUAGUUGAUUCGUGAUAGCAAUAAUAAAUGAGUGAAUAACCACGCAACUAACGAGUAGUUCAAUGAUAAUCAAUUUCAAUCGAGUGAAUUCGGAAAGAAGAGUGGAUCGGUGAACAGAGUGUGCAAUUGCCUUCGUAUGACUUCCUUCGCAGUGAGCGUGUGGGAGUUUCUCAUUCUCUUCGAUGAAUGCCGACGGUGCGGAAAAGUUAUGGCGGCAAGAUUGUAUAUCUAGCUACAAUGAAUGAUGAUGGAAAGUAAUUAAUGUGUCGACGGUAGGAAAUUUUUAACAAGAGUGAUUUGUGAGUGUUCAGGAUAAGACGGCUGUACAGUUGAUGGCAGAAAAGAAAUAGUGUUAAUUGAUGACAUGCUAUGCGAUUGUGGAAAUGGAAGGGCUUCUGUUUUUGUCAUAAAAGCCCCGUAAGCCAUCUACAAAGAAGCCAAUAGAAGUGCGUUCGAACAGUGACACAUAGGAUUAUGAAGGACAAUGGAACAGUAACACACGGAGCAGCGAUGGAUUCAUCGAUUUGAACAUGGUGUGUGCAGACAUUAUGUUUUUUUUUCACUUAAUGGUGGUCUCAUAAAAUGGAAACCGUAGCUCAUCAAAGCGAACCGAACAAAACAUGAUCGACAACAUCAUGACGCGUGACAGCGAAAUACCGGCCAUAUUCAACCCGAAACGUGUUCGCGCCCCCUCCGUCGUUGUUACAGGAGAUUCGCCAAAUGGACCAUUCGGUGGGUUCAACAACAAUGUGCCACAGAUUAUGCAUUCCGACUCGGUGACCUCGAGUCAACACGACGGACAGGACAGCCUGAUCGGGGUGACGGUCACCGGCACGGGAUGCGACACACCAACCUCGGCACCUGGUCAUUCGGGUGUGACUCUUGGGAACAACACCAACCCACCCGGAACGCCAACGCCAACCAAUACGUCGCGGCUGAAAGGAUGCCGCGACUCCUGCUGUUCAGAGCUGGCUCAAAAGAUGUACUUCGGUGUAUGUGUGACGAUCCUGGUGACGGCAUCCUGGGUCGGUGCCACCCACUGUAUCAAAUUCCUCUACCUUCGUCGCAACGCGUAUGCUUCCACACUGCCUCCGCACCUGACGGCAUUCAUCACCGACACCGAGAAUGUUCUGACGUCGACGGACACCAACUCGUCGGCGCUGAUCGUGCACGGGUUUGGUCCAACGACUUCGUUCAUGCCAUCGACAACGAAACCGAUCGUCACCGCGGAUCGGAUGGUACCACCGACAUCGACGCACAUUUUCAACGCACCGUUCUUUGCGUCCUGGUUCUGUACCAACUUUUCCAUACUGUUCUUCCCGAUUUACAUACUGGGCCGGGUGGCCAUCAAGAAGUGCGACGGCACCGGCGAGGUGCUGGGGGAAAUACUGCGGGGCUUCCGGGAUCGGGGUUUUACCAUUGGGAGGUUUCUAAAUCGGUGCUUGACGUUCUGCAUACUGUGGCUGCUGACGACGUAUCUGUAUGCACUGUCGCUGAAGGCCCUCCUGGCGACCGAUGUGAUGGCCUUAUUUGCAACGAAUGUGGCGUGCGUGUAUCUGCUGGCGUGGGUCAUCUUGCAGGAGCAGUUUGUUGGUGUGAGGAUUGUUGCGGUCAUCCUGUGUGACACCGGCAUCGCCCUGCUGGCGUACAUGGACGGAAUUACGGGUAGCCCAACGUUGGGCGGAGUAGUAUUGGCAGCUCUAGCUGCCGCCGGGUAUGCAGUAUUUAAGGUUAUGUUUCGUAAGGUGAUGGGCGAUCCGCCGGUCGGUCAAAUUGCGUUUACUUUCUCCAUCAUUGGCUUUCUGAACGCUGCCAUCCUGUGGCCGGUUUGCAUCGCGCUGUACUUUACCGGUGCCGAAGUGAUGCCCUGGGAGACGCUUCCGUGGAUUGUGCUGCUGAUGGCCAGUAUACUGCUACUAGUGUUCCACAUCUUGACGCAGUUUAGCAGCGCAGUUACGUACAACAUGUUCGUUACCCUAGGUUUAAUUACGGCCGUGCCAGUGUCGGCAGCACUGGACAUCGUUCUGUAUGGAGCGCACUUUGCCGGAAUGAAGCUGGCGGGUAUUAUAUUAAUAGCCGUUGGCUUCUUCCUGGUCAUGUUUCCCGACAACUGGCCCGACUAUAUCACACGGUUGCUCAGAAAAACCGGUCGAGCGUUGCUAAGAAACCGUUGUUGUCGCGAUUCUGCUGACAAUGAGUACGAAAAUUCGAAAUAUCAUCUUGUUGGGUCACAACGCGAGAUGGGGUCGACAUACGCGAAGCGGAGCUCCUUCUCAGCAUCGCGACGUCAUCGACUAUCGGACGGGCUACAUUCGAUCGCAUCUUCGCUCUCCCUCUGGCCGGGUGAGAUGACCGCCGAGCAGUACCAGUACCAACAGCAGCCGCAGCAACAGCAGCACAUGCAUCACUUUCAGCACUACAUUCGCAGCGACUAUGGCAGCGAUAGCGUUAGUUUGAACGCCAAACUGCGGCACUACUCGCUAACGGAGACGACCAACUUCGGCGGGCGGAGGAUCUACGGCGGUGCGGGUGGAUUCAGCUCGUCGAUGGCCACGCCGUCGUCCGUCCGGCAGAUCAACGGCCGAAGUAGUUCGUAUGGUUCGCUGCAGUAGGUGACCUACUGUAGAGCUGACGAGUUUGGAAAGACUUUGGAAUUCGGAAUGUGAUAGUUUUUUUUUAUAAAAUUAUUAUCAAUGUCUUGUUAGUUUUUGAGAAAUUUGAAAAAAAAAUCUUUAUUAAAGAGGCUUACAGCCCUAGGCUGGCUCAUCUCUGAGGGAGAAAAAAUAUAAUUUAUGAUGUUCAAUAACAAAAAUAUUCUAGCAUGAGUUUAAUUUUUGUAACAUAACUGUUUCAUAAAUUUAACGAACGAAAAAAAAUCUGCUCUUUUUCUACAUAAGAAUAAGUUUACUUCUUUGCUUUAUAGAAGCGGUCUAAUCUACGGAAACUUGGUUUAAGUGGUUUUCAAACACAUCAACUUCAAUGAUGAUCUGAUUUUACGCAGCUUUAUUCAAAAAUACAAAAUCUUUGAUUCGAAUACUUUACAAAACUAAUUUGUGAACAGACCAAACUUCCUAACAUAUUUGAGGCAAUCCCGGUAUGUAAUAUGGUAAAUUUUUGCAUCAUCAAUUAAGUUGUCAAACACAAUUCACAAACAAAAGCAGCCAAAUCAAACAUGAUGGAACCAGAACAUUACCAGGAUUUUUUUUCCAAAUGGGCAUAAUUAAUUCUGACCUUGAUUUUCGGAAUGGCGAUUGUGUUCUAUUUUGAUCAACUAAUGUACCAAACAGAAAGAAUAUAUUGCGAUCUAUCUGGAAGUAACGUCAGUGAAAUGAAAUAUGCUGAACAGAGAGAGUAUGAGUCUUUUCACAUUUCAAUGUCAAAUACAGUUAUGCCUAUUUGAAAAAAGUUCCUAGAUUACGUCUUUUAAUUGAUUAUUUUUUAAAACCUGGACAAAUAUCGGAGGCCAAAAUAAUUCACCUGAAUAAAAGUUACUUCUUUACUAAUGCAUUCUAAAGAAGUAGUUUUGCGGAAGCACAGCCAUGAAUGCCCAGUUCAUCCGGUGAAACCAUAAAAUUACACUUUAGAAAACUGCAGCACUCUCAAAAAAUAUUUCAUGAAUUUUCAGAGUAAUGUGACACACCUUGCGAUAACAUUUUAAACUAGAAUAGGAAUGGCACACAUUUUGGCCACAAGUGAUAGAGCAUCGUCGAAAAUAUUCUGAUAAAUAAUACUCAAAACGUAUUUAGAAAAUUAUAGAUAAAACUUGGACGCCAUUCUUAUUAUAAUGCUUGGAAUUCAUAUUUCAUAUUACCGAAUUACAAUUAUCAGAAGAAAAACUAUUAUUUGUCAUCCUGUAAAUUGAACUCGAAAAUAACAUCAACGCGAAUUGAGGUGUACACAAACAAACAAAUAUAACGAAAAACUUUAAAACACGCAUUGUAACCGUAACAAUCAAAUCUUUUAUGAACAUGUACUUAUACGAACCAGAAAGUAGCGUCAAAAAACGAAAAGAACACUAACCGCUCUGUUUUUACUAAAAAAAAUACAUUUGAUAGCUAAUUCUAGUAAACAAUAAUCACUAAAUGAAAGAAAAACUCACAAAAAUAGAAUCGUUCAAUUUUUAGACUUUAGCACUUAACGGUGGGACAAGGUCGCGGAUGGGAAUGUGUGAGUUGUAAAAUGUGUCAUCAUAUUAAAAAAAAUACCGAAAAAGAAAACGAAUAACGAAUAGAGAAUAAAUGAUAUAAGAGGAUGUGUUAUUGUUGCAUUACGUGUCGGUAGUCUGUAUGGUGUUUAAAUGGAUAUUUGAGUUAAAAACAGUGAUGUUGACCCGUGAAUUGAUAUGUUAGAAAAGGACUUUUGCAAUAAAAGUGAUACACUAUCUCAUA